CAGAUGUCGGGCCACAGCCGGCGUGUGUGAACAUUUCGUCUCAGUGGAGUGCAGACAAUGAUAUUUUGUACAGCCUUGUUGUUCUGUUGUGACAUCUGAUGCAAGCCGACAACUAGAGUGGAGUGUCCCUGCUGAUGUCAAGAGCCUGGCCAGACAGACCUUGUGAGCAGUGACAUGUUCUUCUUUCACAGGAGCUAUGUGUGAUGUCCACGUAUCAUGGCGAUGUUAACGGAUCUUGCAAGACCAUGACGUCACGGUGGUCAGACAGGAAACUGUUUCCUGUUCGCUGACCGCUGUGUAAAGAGGCUUCUAUGUUGUGAUCAUACAGGUGGACUUCUUAUUUCCCGCUCACGCAGAAUCUGUCUGCUCAUAGUGAAGUCAGCUCGUGAGGUGAAAAGUUAACUACCGUGGUGAAAGGUUUUGUAGAUGUAAAUUUGUGACAUCAGAGGUCACCUUGUGAGGUGCACGGUUACCCUGUGAAGUGAGAGGUCACCCCGUGAGGUGAAAGGUCACCCUGUGAAGUCAGAGGUCACCCUGUGAGGGGAAAGGUCACCCCGUGAAGUCAGAGGUCACCCCGUGAGGGGAAAGAUCGCCCCGAGAAGUGAGAGGUCACCUGUAAGGUGAGAAGUCAAGCUACAAGAAUGACGGAGAGUCUACUCAAAGGCAAGCGGUUCUACUGCCGCGAAUGGGCCUUCACCAAGCUGUUACACUGUCUGGAAACUCGGGCCUCCUCCAAGACCUGCGGGACUCUAGUGAUGGGUGGGCCGGGCAGCGGGAAGACGGCGCUCGGGUGUGAGCUGGUCUGGCCCUCCUCGCCUCAGGGGAAGCAAUCCUCGCUCAACUCUCGUCUGCUGGCCUAUCACUUCUGUCAGGCUCACGACGCCUCGUCCCUGUCUGUGGUCAGCUUCAUCAACAAUCUGGUCACCCAGGCAUGCACCUGCCCACACCUACCCGACUUCCGGUCCCACUUAUCUGCCACAAACGCCCAGCACUUGCUUCAGCCGCGGGAAUGUGAGGGGAACGCCGACGAGGCCUUUAAAGUGUCGUUCCUGGAACCUUUACACUCGUGCGAGCCCCCGCCACAUGCCCUCAUGCUGUGGGUGGACUCUAUCGAUGAAUCUUAUCUUCACCCGGUCAGCGAGCGUGCAGGCUGUAGUCAGACAAUAGCGGAGCUCCUGGCUGCCCACAACGCCAGUCUCCCGCCCUGGUUACUUCUCGUCUGCUCCGCCCGUAAACAGAGCAAGGUAGUCACCCGGAUGUUCACAGGCUUCCGGAAGUUGAGUCUGGAUGACCUACGUAAGAGUCACGUGGUCCGUGACGUGCAGCAGUACAUCCUGUGUCGCCUGGACGCCGAGGACGGGUUGAGGCAGCACCUGAGUCGGGACACCGCCGAGAUGUUGAAUCAGCUACACAUCAAGAGUAACGGCUGUUUCCUCUACCUAGAAAAGGUUCUAGACGGCGUGGCCGAGUCUUUCAUCAUGCUGAGGGAGGUCAGAGAGAUUCCUGGCACGCUCAACGGCCUCUACCUGUGGCUGUGUCAGAGACUGUUCGUGAAGAAACACGUAGUCAAGAUACAGCCUAUACUCAAUGUGCUGCUAGCGGCCAGAAGUCCGGUGGGCGGCGAGGAGCUGUUCCGAUGUCUGCUCAUGCACGAGACUGACUUGUCCAGGGAGGAGUUUGACCGUCGUCUGCGUCUCUUGGGCCGGGUGUUGAUGAGUGGGGCGGGUGGGGAGCAGAUUGUCUUCCAUCACAGUUUCUCUGAGUGGUUGCUGGACGUGAAGCACUGUACACAGAAAUAUCUCUGUGACGCCGGACAAGGCCACGCUAUGCUGGCCCUCCGGCAAUUACAGAUAGCUCCACAGUUAGACAUGUGGCAGGUACAGGACCUGGCCCUGCAUCUAGUCCGCGCCAACUUCCCGGAGCCCAUGCAGUUUGAACACCUGACACAGAUGCUUGUGCUGUCCGGCGCCCGGGUGGACAAAUGUUUAACAGUGGGACUGCCCAAAGAGGUCAAAGUUCUCAAGCUACUCACCGAGGCUGGAGCCAGAUCACCCGCCAUGGAGGCGAGCAUCACCAGUCUGGACUCGCUACCCGACCACCCGGACGUCACGGGGAGGGGCGAGGAAGAGGGAGAGGGGGAGGAGGAUGUCAGUGGUCCCGUUGACAAGACUGACGGUAACGGCCGGACACGACUACACACCGCCUCCUACCGCGGUGACGCCGCCAGUGUCGAUGCCCUUCUGGCCAGGGGCGCCGCUCUGGAGCUGCUCGACCGUUCCGGACAGACGGCCUUGACCCUAGCCGCCCGCCAAGGUCACGCCAAUAUCGUGACAGCGCUGGUGACGGCCGGCGCAUGCGUAGACCACGCAGACCACGAAGGCUGGACGGCUCUCCGGUCCGCGGCCUGGGCCGGUCACACCAAGGUGGUCAGUCUCCUCUUGGACAAAGGCGCCCAAGUGGACCACGCCGACGGGGAGCAGAGGACUGCUCUAAGAGCGGCCUGCUGGGGCGGACAUGAGGACAUUGUCCGGCUUCUGCUUGACCACCAGGCCGACGUCAACAAAACUGACCACGAGGGUCGGACUGCGCUGAUCGCCGCCGCCUACAUGGGUCACGUGGAGAUCGUGGAGGAGCUGCUUGACCAGGGGGCAGAGAUUGACCACGAGGACUGUGACGGCCGCACGGCGCUGAGUGUAGCCUGUCUCUGUGUGCCCGCCAGUGAGGGCCACGAGAGAGUGGUCAGUCUGCUGCUGGAGCGAGGGGCCGAGGUUGACCACACGGACAAAGACGGGUCCACACCGCUCCUUGUGGCCGCGUACGAGGGUCACCCGGGAGUCUGUGACAUGUUACUGGAGUGGGACGCCGACGCUGACCACAGUGACGUCAAACAUCGGACCCCGCUGUGGGCGGCGGCCUCCAUGGGCCAUCAGAGGGUUGUGAGACAACUGCUGUUCUGGGGCGCUGCUGUUGACCACAUCGACACGGAGGGCCGGACAGUGCUGUGUGUGGCCGCGGCCCAGGGCUCUCAGUCGGUGGUCAGGCAGCUGCUGGACAGGGGGCUGGACGAGAUGCACAGAGACAACUCUGGCUGGACGCCGCUACACCUGGCCGCUUACGAGGGACAUCAGCAG